AUGGAGCUCCCACGUAUGAGCUUAUGGGCAAUUUGGUCAUUUCUCCUUCUCUCUUCCAUUCACCUUCCAUGUUUCUUUGGAUCUGCCGCUCACUUCUCCAACGAAACUGAUCUCCUUGCUUUGCUCAAAUUCAAACAUCUAAUAACAGACGAUCCUCUCCAUUCUUUGAGCUCAUGGAACCUUACUCUCCACUUCUGCCACUGGCAAGGAGUCACAUGCGAUGGUCCCCGGCAUCCUCAAAGGGUCAGGGCCUUGAACCUCACUGACCAAAACUUGGUGGGCUCCUUAUCUCCCUUCAUAGGGAACCUCACCUUCCUCAGGAGAAUCGAUCUCAGAGGCAAUGGCUUUCACGGGAUGAUUCCUGAAGAGAUUGGCCGGUUGUUCCGCUUGAGGUAUCUCAGUCUGGCCAAUAACACAUUCACUGGAGAAAUUCCAGCAAAUCUGACCCACUGUUUGAAACUAAAAGUUCUUGGACUUUACGGGAAUCAGCUCGCAGGGAGGAUUCCGACUGAGCUUGGCUCUCUAUCAAAGCUCACCCGCUUAAUCCUUGGUCACAACAGUCUUGCAGGAAGCAUCCCACCUUCACUUGGAAACCUUUCGUCUCUCACUUACCUUUAUCUUUCUUAUAACAGUCUGGAGGGCAGCAUCCCAGAUGACCUUUGUCAAUUGGUGAGUUUAGAGUGUCUUAGCAUAGGUGGAACUAGACUGUCAGGUACGAUUCCGCCUCAGCUCUACAAUAUCUCCUCUAUUGUCACUUUGGACGUGGCAUUUAACAGAUUGCAUGGAAAUCUUCCACCUAACAUAGGGCUCACUCUUCCUAAUCUCCAAGAGCUUUUUGCCGGAGGUAACCAAUUCACAGGACCCAUACCAGUUUCAUUAUCCAAUGCUUCCGGACUUUCACAUAUUUCCCUUGAUAACAAUAGUUUUAGCGGAUCUGUGCCUCUGAAUUUUGGAAGCCUCAAAGGUCUCACCUGGUUAAAUUUGUGGGGCAACGAACUUGGAAUUGGAAAAACUCGUGACUUGAGUUUUCUCGAUUCUUUGACCAAUUGCAGUAGCUUACAACAUGUGGACGUGAGCAGAAAUCGACUCAGCGGUGCGUUGCCCAACUCCAUAGCAAAUCUUUCGACCCAACUGACAUGGCUAUCUUUAGCAAGUAAUAUGAUAUUCGGAAGCAUCCCAUCUGGGAUUCAGAAUCUUAUUGGCUUAAAAGUACUGAGUAUGGAGUAUAACUUUCUGACAGGUACAAUUCCCAUUCGUGUUGGGAAGCUUAACAAGUUGGUGUUACUUUCCUUGCGUUCAAAUGGAUUAUCAGGGAAAAUUCCACCUUCAUUGGGCAACAUCACCAGAUUGCGAAAUUCCAAGCUGGCUAGGCAAUUGUCUCAGCCUAGAGUAUCUCUGGUUGUAUGGGAACUUCUUUCAAGGAUCAAUUCCAUCAACAUUUAG